CAUCAACAGCCAAGCUCGGACGAAGACACAAACUCUAACAAAAUUCACUCACGUAGAAGAAGCUCCCUGGCUCUGGAAAAGGCCGAAAAAGGUUCCAAGGAGGAUCAGUUGGGAGGUAAAAGUGACUUCAAGAUGACUUUACCGAAUCUGAAGAACUUAUCUGAUAAUAAGGAAUUUAUGGCAGCCGUAGAACAGAUAACAAACGAUGCAAAAGAAUCUCCUGUUUUGCAUUCAGUACCCGACACUUCCAACAUAUCUCCUAAACUCAAAUCCGCACAUUGCACUGUUCCACAUCCGGGACGUCCAUUAAUUCAAUAUGCAUUGAUGCUUGACGCUGGGUCCACAGGCUCACGUAUUCAUGUGUAUCGAUUUAAUUAUUGUAAAGAUUCUCCCGAAUUAGAAGAUGAAGUUUUUGGUCACACCCAACCAGGACUGUCUUCUUAUCCCGAUGACCCUAUGUCCGCUGCGAAAAGUUUAGAUGUGUUGCUAAAAUUAGCAUUAGAAAGUGUUCCCGAAGAAUUAUAUAAUUGUACACCAGUGGCGGUUAAAGCAACUGCUGGAUUACGUUUAUUAGGCAGAUCAAAAAGUGAGCAUAUAUUAGAAGCCGUACAUGAACAUUUGAAAGUUAAUUAUCCUUUUCCUAUAGUUGAAAAUGAUGGUGUGGUGAUUAUGGAUGGCAAAGAUGAAGGGAGAAUUGGUGCAUCGAAGAAGUUACCUACUGCUGCAAUUUUUGAUCUUGGCGGAGGUUCAACUCAGAUUGUUUUUGAACCAGAAAUGGCGGACGGCAGCGAAGUUGCGCAUGGAGAGCACCGAUAUGAGUUGUGGUUUGGUGGUCACAAAUAUGUUCUCUAUCAACAUUCAUAUUUAUAUUAUGGGCUUAUGGAAGCAAGAAAGGCAAUAAAGAAAUUUAUGGCAGAAAUUUGGCAUCUCGCUUCUAAUGAUAAAAAACUCGAUAUACCUGGAGUGGCAGCAUCAGAUCUUGAAGAAAAUCAUGUUCCGCAUCCUUGCCUUCCAAAAAAUUUCACGGAACUAUUGUAUCCAAAUGAUACCGUGACUCUUUUUGGAACCGGUGCCGGACAUGCUCAGUGUCGGUUUAUUGCUGAACAAGUGCUCAACAAAGAAAAAACAUGCCCAAUCUCACCAUGUGCAUUUAACGGAGUAUAUCAACCAUCACUCAGGGAUACAUUUUCGGUGGAUGAUAUAUAUGCGUUCUCAUACUUUUAUGAUAGAGUCAGUCCGUUAGGGAUGCCUAAUGAAUUUUCACUUCGAGAACUUAGGGAUUUAACUGAUGCUGUAUGUGCCGGAAAUACAGAUCAAUUUGCACACUUGCCAGAAGCUAUGAAGGAAAUCAAAAAGAAUCCACAUUAUUGCAUGGAUCUAACAUUUAUAUACGGAUUGUUACAUAUUGGAUAUGAAAUUCCACUAGAAAGAGAAUUAAAAAUUGCCAAAAAGAUAAGAGGCAUCGAGACUGGAUGGUGUCUUGGUGCUACAAUUGCAAUAUUAGAUCGAAAGUCAUGGUGCAAAUAA